GUGCUUGAUCUUUGUAGAUUUCGAUUUUUAAAAUGGCAGCAUUGCACCAACUGUUGUUCAGCACAUUAGUUGCCACAACAAUAUCGCUAUCGCUAACAACAGAUCAGAAAUCUGAAAUUCCAUUGAUGGUUGUUUGUGCCAACCAGUCAUCGGACCAAGAAAUGAACAAUUUGAGACAACAGUUGAAUCAAGAAACUGUAAUAAGGUUAUCACUCACAAAACAAAUGUAUUCCUUGGUGGAUGAUAUGAUAACAAUGAAAAAACACAUGACGAAAAUGGAAGCCAAAGUACAAGAAAUGGAAAAGAAAGAGGAUGAUCUUCAACGUGCGAAUCAAAGAUUGCAGAGUGAACUAGACCAGCUUUUGAAGAUGAAUGAUACUGAUGAUGAGACGUCAACACAAAUUGGAAGGACACAACAAGAUCUCUGUAAUUGGAGUUCAAGUGUGGACGUUGUUUGUAAUGGAACAAAUACAGCUUUAACAAAAAGUGGAGGUGCAAUUUAUACACGGUGGGGAAGAAAUGAAUGUCCAGAAAAUGAAACGGAACUUGUUUAUCAAGGCUUUGUAGGAGGUAGCUUUUUCUCACAUCGCGGUGGCUCGGUUAAUUAUGCUUGUUUACCGUACGAUCCCACUUGGGGCAAGUACAAUGACGUCUUGAAUAACGACAAUCAGAAUCUACAUGCUGUCGAGUACGCGGGAAAUAGUAUUAAUAUCUCUGGAACUCCAUUUGAUGAACAACUACGAGGACAUGGCGUCCCUUGCGCUGUUUGUCGGAGCACCAAGCGAAGAUCAGUUUUAAGAAUUCCAGGACGAAAUAAAUGUUACAAUAGUUGGCACUUGGAAUAUGCUGGUUAUCUCAUGGCUGAUAAAUUCACCCACGAGUCUGCAACCGAGUAUGCAUGCGUAGAUGAACGACCAGAAAAGACCAAGACAGGUCCCGUUUCCAAGGGAGGUAAAUACUUCUAUCCGGUAGAAGCACAUUGUGGUUUUUCCCUACAGUGUCCACCAUACGUUCAUGGACGAGAAAUUACCUGUGCGAUUUGUACAAAAUAGGAGGCCACUUUAAUUCUGUAGUUAAGUUAGAGGAUUGAGCUGUAAUUUGAGGUUUUUUUUAACUUUCCGACAUAGCGUUUGUUUGGAUUGUAUCUAAAGUUCUGUUCUUUAUAUAAAAAAAUAAAAUAAACAUUUUUCCCAUUCUCUACACAGCCGAACAGAGCAGGGGAGUUUCAAUAAGCUGAAUUCAUAGUAUUUCAGACUAGAAAUGCUAUUUUCGACGGUUGUGGAGAAUUUUUUUUGUUUUGGAAAUAGUAAAAAAAAUUGUGGUUGAAACAAACAGUUAAUGUGGCACUUUUGAUGUGGUAGCCAAAUUUUAUAGAGAUAUAAAUCGAAAAAUGUAGGUACUUUUUUGUGAGAAAUAAAUAUAGACUUUAAA